UGCAGCUUACCGGAAGUAAACAGACUGCCUGACAGUAUUGUCAUGCGUAGUACAUGUAUAGCAAACAAAACAGAGAAGGUGUUUUGAUCGAUGAUGAAAGAAAGUUACCUCGGGUUCCUUGUGGUAUUUGUUGCAUCUGUUUACCAUGAAUGUACAGCAAAGAAACAACAAAUUAAAGAAUACCACACAGUGAACAGUUGUGGAGAAUUUCCUAACAUUGCAAAUGGGCAAGUUAAGUACAGUGGAAUUUAUGCUACUAUUGACUGUGAUAAAGGCUUUCAUCUGAAAGGGGAUGGAACAUUCAAAUGUGACCAUCGAUCAGGCAAUCAUUGGAGUCCAUCCACGAGACCCCAGUGUCUGCCUGUAAAAGGUUCCUGUCCCGUACCAUCAUUUAAUCACGGAAUAAUAGACAGACAAAAAGAGGACGAAGUAGGAGUUCUAUAUUGUGCAGAUGGAUAUUUCAUAAAGUGGAAGGACGGAACAUUUAGAACUUCCCUUCCGGUGGAUUGUUAUAAUGAUAAAUGGUAUUUCAGAACAACUCAUCGUGAGCAAGCAAGAGAUUGUGAAAAAGUACCAGAGGUGAGAUGUGAAGAGCCACCAACUAUAUCCCAUGCCAAAUUGGACAGAUUUUAUGGCACACCACCGUAUUUAUUUGAGGGCAUGAAGGUCCACUGUAUGGAUGGGUACAAGUUAAUAGGAGAAUCUACAGUGGUAUGCCAGGAAACCGGUGUCUGGUCUGAACUUCCAAUUUGUGUACAGAAAGCAGGACCUCCCGAAUCUUGCGAUGUUCCUAUAAUUCCUAAUGGCAGCUGCAGCUGUUGGACCGCAGACUCCAGUCUAUGUACACAUGUGCCAAAUCUGAAUCAGAUGGUAUGUUCCUGUGACUCUGGAUACCAGACAGAGGGACAGCAGGUCCUCACCUGUAAAGGUGGCAUAUGGGACUUCUAUAUUCCAUCUUGUAUCGUAUCACCAACAGAAGUAUCAGUGGGAGAUAACCAAGAGGACAACAACAGUCACAUGAACACACUUGCUGUAGUUAUAGCUACGGCUUGUAGCGUGUUGGGACUCCUGUUAAUGGUGAUGGUCAUUGUUAUACUACGUCGCAAAAAGCCAUCCCAUCAUCACCACCAACGCUUGUAUGAUCAGGGUGCCAUGCCGCCACCAUAUGGUCGGGUACACCCUAUUGAUGAACACGACAGGGUAGCAUUGAUAGGGUAUGAAUCAGCCAGGUUACCAACUUAUGAUGAGGCUACAAGAGACCCUGCUUCACAACAAGUAGUGAAUCAAAGGUCAGCUCAGGAAUUUAGGCCUCUACCAAAUAUUCCAUUCCAGCUUCGUAGCCCUGCACUUCCUACCAUUGACAGUACUAGCAGACAUUCCAUCACCACCACUACCACUGGGAAUGGCGAGGUGUUUGGUUCAAUAGAUACAGUAAAUUUUAGCAUGAGUGAUGCAUCUACCGCAGGUACAGUAGACACCAUUGAUAGUCGAACCAGCCGACCCUCACAUGGAUCACGCACUGCUACUGCUGGAAGUCUGGAAUCUUCCAGGGAAAAUCUCUCUUCAGAAGAUGCACCAUUACUGGAAAACAAUACAUUAGAAUUAAACACAGAGACUCAAGAUGAAGUUAUAGAAGAGGAAAUUAAGGAAUUCUAGAUGGUUCAAAGAUGUUCAACCCGACAUGGGAUAGUGCAUCAUAUUUCUAUCAAAUUGUCGGCAAUGCUUGCUUCAUCAUACACCAAUAUUCCUUUAGUUUAGAGAUUUCUGUGAUAAGAAACUUAUUUUGUAUGUCUUGAAAAUUUAUGCAAGCAGUGUACUGAAUUGAGUUGUAGCAUUUACAUGCAUUCUCAUAAGUGAGGCAUUUUGCUGUGAUUUUGUCUGUUUACUUCAUAUUUUCAACUUGUCAGAAAUCCUAAUUUUCAACCAAACUAAGCACAAAACAUCUUGUGGGUAAAAGAAAUCAAGCCAGCUUCAAGGGGAAAUAAUGAAGAAAUGGUGAUGAUAAAUUUUAGAUGUGUUCAUCCGGGAGCCGUAGUUGAAACAUGUUAGAGGUACAGAUUUCAAAAUACACAGCAACAUCAACAAAUCAUUAUGCUUGUAAUUUCAUACAUUGUAGAUUCUAGAUUGUUAAAACCAUUCACUCCAUGGAUUGGAUGAGUCUAGACUAGGGUAGAAUGUAAUUAUAUCUAUAGGAAAUUCUCCUUUUAAUUAUUGUACAGGCAUCCUCAUGUAUAGUAGGUCUAGGGUUUUCAAACCUGGGGUGCAUUUUACAAAAGAACUUACGACCAACUUUACAUACUGGAAUUUUCCAGUUUAUUGGAAAAUAAUUGGCUUCAAAUGCAAAAUAUUUUUUUAAAAUGGUGAAAAUUAAGCACCAGAAAAGUUUUACUUCAUUCAUUUAAAGUAAUAACUGUGUAAUACACUUUAAGACUUGCAACUUUGUCGUAAGUUGUUUUGUAAAACGGGUCCCUGGUCACUACAGGGUUCAAAGUGGAAUGAAUAAGAUUUAUAAAAGAUUAUUUUUGUUCUUGAGGAUAGGCAGGACAUUUAUUAUGUGACUGAAAUUCAUUACAUGUAUAUCAAAGUCCACAUCAAAAUAGUGUCCGUCUUUGCUUUAUUACCUAUGACAUCAUAGCCUACUAAACUAUGUUAUGCCUUGAUGUAGGUAGUGACAUAGAUGUUGGGUGCAUUGUGAUGUCAUAGUGAUAAAGCUGUCAAAUGGGAGGGAAUGAGUUGAUUUUUGAUUUACCUCGAAUGUAUCCACCAAUUCUCCCUCUUGAAACUUAGAUGAAAUACUUCAGAAUAAAUUUGAUUUGUAUAGUUUGAUCUUUGGAUUUUUUGACUAUUGAUUGAUGGUACCAUUCAAGUACAUGUAUAUAUGAUGAUAAAUGAUAGUUGUAGUCACUAGUGGUGAGAGUGGACAAAAGUUCAAUGUUAUCCAAGUUCACCAUUGAGGUCAGAUCGAGUAUUGCAUAUUCCCUUAAUGUGUUAUAUGAAAAUGUAUAUUUUAUGACUUUGAAAAAGCAGUCAUUGACAAGUGUUUUUUUUUUUUUAUAGAAUUAGACAAAUGUCAAAAACAGGAAAGAAAGCAAGGUUUUGUGGAGUCAUUUUUAAUGAUGUGUUCUUAUGUUCACCAAACAAACUUUGGAAUUUGUUUGACUCUUUUGUUUUUCCAUGAAAUCGUUUGAAGACAUCUAUUUAAAUCGUUAAUGGACUUUACUGACCAGCAAGUGCCUGCACAUUCAAUUGACUUUGAUUGGAUAAUGCUUUGACUUGUAUAACCCUCAUAACUCAAGGAAAUUAAGUGAAAGUUAAAUACUGUUCUUAAUUAAAGUAUCUUGGACAAUUUAUUGGAUUUUAAUCAAACAAAAUGGCACCACUUCUUAAAUGGGAGACAUCUGUAAUGGUCCCCAUUACAAUUAGAACAAGCUGACUAUAUUUUUAUCUAAACCAAAAAUCUGAAAAAGUGCUGUAGUCUGUUUGAAUUUCAGACAGAAAUUCAUUUCAGGGAAAGUUGAAUAGGAUCAUGAUGUAAUCCCCAUCAUGACAAAAACUCAUAAAAUUUGGACAUGUUUACAUCAAGGGCCCCCUUUACUAAGAAAUUUCACAAAGUUGAGAAAAAUUCAUUGACUAAUAAUUUUCUCAUGCCAGCGUCCUGCCUAUCCUAAGACUACAUUACAAGUUGUCAGAUUAGUAACGUAAUAAUUUAAGUCUACAUGUAAAGUCUUUAGCAAAUAAGUUUUGUGUAUUGGAUAUUCAGCACAAUUGUUGCAAUUUGAAAAUUGAUUGCAGUAGGCUUGAGAUCCAAGAUUGCUGGAUAGCAUUUUUAUUAAAAAGAUGUCUUCAUUUAAAGGUAGAAAAAUUAACUUUAAAAACAUUGUAAAAGUGAAUGCCUCCGUAUAUAAUUUUACUGAAAAAAAAAAACCAACCAAAAACUAGUAGUGUUCAAUAAUAUUGAUGUUAAAAUUCUACUAAACUCCUUAACAUCAUUAUGCCAUUCUUGCAUUAGUGUAUUGAAGAUUUUAUACCUUCAAAAGUUGGUGUUAUAUUGUACAAUGGCUUUAUGUCUACUAAAGAAGAACUGUACUUAGUAUGUCACUGGUUGAUUAAGAAUUUUUUUUUUUAAUAAUUGAUUGUGAAAUAUGAUGCUUCACGCUGGCAUACUAGUGCUUCGUGGAAAAAAAGAAAAAGGAAGGUGUGAAUUCUUGCUGUUCAUUUUUGUUGGAAUUCCUAGCCAAUAAAAUAGAUGUACUUAUCAAGAUUCAUUGUUCACAACUGCAAUGCAUUCAUAAGGAAAUGGCUAUCAUUAGAAUUUGUGAAGGAAACAUUUGAAAUGUAAAUACAUAGAAAUAUUUACCUUGUCAGAAUUGUGAAAAAAAAUAGUCCCCUCAUUCUACAGCCUUCAUGGAAAUAAAAUCUUCGCCCUUAAUUUGAAAAUUCAUUAAUUUGGUUUUGGUCUUUAUUUUUCAACAAAAUUUCAAGACCAAGGGGGUUAUUCUCCAAAAGAAUUCCUUUAAGUGUUCAUUAUUUCUUGAACAAUAUUUUGAUUUCAGAUUGAUUCUGAAAACAGUUAAGAAAUUUAUGGGUUUUUUUUGAGAGAGCAUGAUUGGUGUUGCAUCAUCUGGGUCUAUUGUAUUAGGAUUAUUUUUCACAAUAGUUUGGGUGCUUUUAUUAUACUGAUAUUUUUAUCAUUUGCAAGGCAUUUUUAAGUGUGGUGACUUGUAAAUUGUGUUUAAAUCUUCAUAUAUAUUUAUUAACCUUUCAGAAUGAAAUGUUGCAUCUUAAUGUUACACGUCUAAAAUCGAUAUCUGAUGAGUUGGGGCAAUAUUAAUCUCAGUAUCCUUCAGUGUUUUAAGUGAUGCAUUAAUCAAUAUCUACAUUACACUUCAUUGCCUUGACUUAUUUAUGAUUCCAUAGAGAAAUAUACUGUAUUUCCAGGUCUUGCAGAGAUUAUCAAUUUCUUUAUUACCUUUUUUGUUGUUCUGCCAAAUUGUUGGCAUUAAACAUUGUAAUCUUAUUAUGUAUGUAAAUAACAAAAUUGCUACAAAAUGUUACAUAUUGUACAGAUUUAGGGUAUUAAGCAGAAAAAACUAUUUGUUUAUCAUGUGUGUGUGUGAUGAUAGAUAACAUUCAGACUAAACUUGUUGAUUAUAAAACUGAUCUUUCUGAAACCAUAAGUGAAUCAAACGGCUCUUCAUUUUUUGUCAUUAUUCAGGCAUGAAUUUUAAUUAGAUGCAAUAUAUCUCAUAUCAUGUCCAAUUUAUAUCGAGACAGAGAUCUGCGAGUUUACCUAAAACACUGUCAGAAUUUAAUGUAAGUGAGGAUCUGCAAUUGAUAUUUUGAAACUGAAGAUCUCAAUUCUUUACUAUAUUAAAGUUUUUCCAUGUUGUAAAAUUCCAAAAUUGAAUUCUGUCUUUUAAUGUUGGUCAAUAAAUGAUUGUAUAUGUA